CCGGCCGGGGAGUGGAAGGCCAAAGACGGACAGGAGGGAGCUCGCUGCUGCUCCCCGCCAAAGCGCAGGCUCGGCCUGCCUCAUCCAGUGGGACGGCAAAGGGUCACUCUAAAAAUUGCUGCAGCAGGGUCUUGUCAGGUGGCUGCUGGUGGCUCCCCACCGGAUUUUCCUUCUCCCUCUCUCUGUCUCCACAGAUCCCUUCCCAAGAGGAGUCUCCUGCUAAAACUUCAUCAUCUCAAGUUGAGCUGCCACUUCACCCAGGAGGCAAGCUCUUGCCUGUGACAGUGUAUUUGCCAACAUGGCACCCAAAAAGAAGAUUGUCAAAAAGAACAAAGGCGAUAUCAAUGAGAUGACUAUAAUCCUAGAAGAUAGCCCCCUAAACAAACUGAAUGCUUUGAAUGGGCUACUAGAGGGAGGCAAUGGCCUUAGCUGCAUUUCUUCCGAACUAACAGAUGCGUCUUAUGGCCCCAACCUAUUGGAAGGUUUAAGUAAAAUGAGGCAGGAGAACUUCCUGUGUGACUUAGUCAUUGGUACAAAAACCAAAUCCUUUGAUGUUCAUAAGUCAGUGAUGGCUUCAUGCAGUGAGUACUUUUACAACAUCCUAAAAAAAGACCCAUCAACUCAGAGGGUGGAUCUCAAUGAUAUCUCACCGCUAGGCCUGGCCACUGUCAUUGCGUAUGCCUACACUGGAAAGCUCACUCUCUCCUUGUAUACAAUAGGAAGCAUUAUUUCUGCUGCUGUUUACCUUCAGAUCCACACUCUUGUAAAGAUGUGCAGUGAUUUUCUGAUACGGGAGAUGAGUGUUGAGAAUUGCAUGUAUGUAGUUAAUAUUGCUGAAACAUACUCCCUGAAAAAUGCAAAAGCAGCAGCACAGAAAUUUAUUCGGGAUAACUUCCUUGAAUUUGCAGAAUCAGAUCAGUUUAUGAAACUUACAUUUGAACAAAUUAAUGAACUUCUUAUAGAUGAUGACUUACAGUUGCCUUCUGAGAUAGUAGCAUUCCAGAUUGCAAUGAAAUGGCUAGAAUUUGACCAAAAGAGAAUAAAAUAUGCCGCAGAUCUUUUGAGCAAUAUUCGCUUUGGUACCAUCUCCGCACAAGACCUGGUCAAUUAUGUCCAAUCUGUACCAAGAAUGAUGCAAGAUGCUGAUUGUCACAAACUUCUCGUAGAUGCUAUGAACUACCACUUGCUUCCAUAUCAUCAGAACACAUUGCAAUCUAGGCGAACAAGAAUCCGAGGUGGCUGCCGAGUCCUCGUCACUAUUGGGGGACGUCCAGGCCUUACUGAGAAGUCCCUUAGCAGAGACAUCUUGUAUAGAGACCCUGAAAAUGGAUGGAGCAAGCUUACGGAAAUGCCAUCCAAAAGUUUUAAUCAGUGUGUGGCUGUGAUGGAUGGAUUUCUUUAUGUAGCCGGUGGUGAAGACCAGAAUGAUGCAAGAAAUCAAGCCAAGCAUGCAGUCAGCAAUUUCUGCAGGUACGAUCCGCGCUUCAACACCUGGAUACACCUGGCCAGCAUGAACCAGAAGCGCACGCACUUCAGCCUGAGCGUGUUCAACGGGCUUCUGUACGCCGCGGGCGGCCGCAACGCAGAAGGCAGCCUGGCCUCGCUGGAGUGCUACGUGCCCUCCACCAAUCAGUGGCAACCGAAGACGCCCCUGGAGGUGGCGCGCUGCUGCCACGCCGGCGCGGUCGCCGACGGCCGCGUGCUGCUGACCGGCGGCUACAUCGCCAACGCCUACUCGCGCUCGGUGUGCGCCUACGACCCGGCCAGCGACUCGUGGCAGGAGCUGCCGAGCCUGAGCACACCCCGGGGCUGGCACUGCGCGGUCACGCUGGGCGACAGAGUGUACGUGAUGGGCGGCAGCCAGGUGGGGCCGCGCGGGGAGCGCGUGGACGUGCUGACAGUGGAGUGCUACAGCCCCGCGACCGGCCAGUGGAGCUACGCGGCGCCGCUGCAGGUGGGAGUGAGCACUGCGGGCGCCUCGGCGCUGCACGGCCGCGCCUACCUGGUAGGGGGCUGGAACGAGGGCGAGAAGAAGUAUAAGAAGUGCAUCCAGUGCUUCAGCCCCGAGCUCAACGAGUGGACGGAGGACGACGAGCUACCCGAGGCCACCGUCGGCGUGUCCUGCUGCACCCUCUCGAUGCCCAACAGCGUGACUCGGGAAUCCCGGGCCAGUUCGGUGUCUUCCGUGCCAGUCAGUAUUUGAGCCCAGGUAGACGCAGGGACGCCGGAAGAACACGUUAUUUAUUUAUAGAGCCACGUGGUUAACCUUUGAGUUCGCGAAAAGGAAAAUAUUUAGCAUUUACUACACUGAUCGUAUGGUAAAACAUGUCGAGGCACAUGUCUUGAUGGCUUUAAAUUCCUGGUAUGGCAUAAUCUACCUCUGUGUCUUCUUUUUUUUUUUUUUUUUUUUUUUUUUUUCUUAGCAAAAUCCAGAGCCAUAGCCAACAAAAGAAAUUUAUUUCAGUGGCCACUGGGUGGCAGACGGAAUUCGUUACAGGCACUCUUCCAAGGCGGCACGUUUCCCGAAAGUAUAGCGGUUACACCCACAUUUGAGAUUUUUUUUCCUCCACACGUUAGUACACUUGAGGUUUAUGUAAGUGAUUUCGUGUUCAAAAGUUUAUUUUCCUCUCUCCUUUUUUCUUAACGAAGUUGAAGAUAUUCGUAUAGAUUUUAUUUAAAAAUGAAAAUCAUCGAUAUCCGUAAAGACUUAAGAUUUAAUUCUGUAUUUUAACGCAAUUCCCCCCCAUACUUGAUUGAGUAAAGGAUUUUGAAAGAUAUCCCAUGACAAUGUAAUAAAGCUUAAAACAAAAUCUGACUGAAAAGGAAUAGGGAUUCCACCCAGGGACUGCAGUUAAUAACCUUUGUGUUAGCCAAAAUUCCUCUUCCUCCAUACCUCAGGCCCCAGCGUAUUUUCUGCCAUAAUCCUGCUCUCAAUGAAGGAAUCGAUAUUAGUCAUUUAAUUUAUGGUGUAAAUUUGAGUCAUUUGGUUGUUUAAACUAGAAGUAUUUGCAUUUUAUCCCUUGUCCUCUAUUCAAGAAGAAUUUCAAGUACCCUGGGAGCCUCACCCUCACCCUAAAGGCUACACCAAUCUGUUGAAAGGAAGCCUUGGCCCUAAUGUAUGCCCUGGGAAGAUCACCAAAUAAAACUAUGUCCCUAAGGACCAUUAGCCUGAAGCUUAGAUAGCCUGAAGUUUGUACAACCAAGAACAGUAAAUCAAUUUACCCCCAUUAUUGUCAUUAUGUGACAAUAAUGAAAGAAAUAUUUGGAAUUUGUAGGUUUGGCAGAAACUGGAUGAAAGGGUUCUCCUGUUGGUAAAUGCCAUUGUUUCCCAUUUCAUAUGGAUCUUCCUGAUUUCUUAAGUAAAAAUCAAAUACGCAUCUCACAUAUAUAAAAAUAUAUGCUAAUUCUGUCCUAUUUUUAUUAAUUUCAUCUGCUCCAAAUUAACUUUAUAAAUCAAAGUGUAUCCACUUGAUAGCAUUUUUCUUACAUCUUUGCCAAGUUUUGGGGAAAGGGAAUGACUGUAGUAAAUGAUAUAUAUUUUCCUUUCUUAUAAUUUAUUACUUUAUUCUUUGACUGUUUUGGAGAGGAAGUGGCCUAUCAAUCAUGGGUUAUGUGCAAUUGGAUUUUGAAAAAUAAAACAAGAUAUUUAGAAAUUGAACAUGAGAUAUAUGGAAAUAUAAUUUGGUCUUCAUUAAUCUCAUCCUCUCCACCUUGUGUAGACAGGUUAUUGCUAGAGUUAUGAUGUUUAUUUCUAAAAUAUUUUAUUUGAACUGUGAAAAGUGGUUCAUAUAGUACCCUUUGUGGAACAAUUUUAUAUCAUUGCCCCUUAUGAAAAGUUUAACCUCUGAGUAUGUAAUGGUAACACUCAAGUAAGGGCUACCAAUGCUGUAAAUUUAGAACAAGGCAUUACUAAUGUAAAAACACUAGGCUGUUUCCUUAUCACACACAAAGAAUCUUUUACCUUACUAUAUGAGGAUGUGGUAUAUUACCUUGGUGUAUGUAUAUGUGAGUAUAUGUACAUACUCAUACAACUGAGAAGCGUAUAGUGUAUGGCUAAUUUUUAGAGAAAAAUGUGUCUUCUUGUGGAUUACAGAUCAUAAGUGGGCAAAUAGACAUAAUUCCUUGAUGCAUACUAAUAGAUGUGUUCCCAUUGAUGUUUUAGAAGUAUUAUAUGAAGAGGAGGACCUAGGGCUUGAAAUAAAUGAGAAUCAACCAAUUUAACAUUACAUGAUGGAAUACUGAGAAGAGAUACUGAAACUAGAGGGUUUUUCGUCUAUCAAAGCUUGAUAAAAUAAGUUGUGCAAAAACAUGGCAAUGGCUUUCUAGAGAUGAAACUGGAGACAUGUUAGAGCUGGAUAAAUCAUUUGAAAUCAUCAUUUAUUUUCUGAAGUGUUUAAAGACUCAGAAAACCACAUAUUUGAGCUUACCAGAUUCCUGGGUGCAUUGCUGUUCUACCUUCUGCUUCAACGGUUAGGAAAAUAAAGACCAAUAUGAAUUCAGAAUAUCAGAAUCUCUGACAUAACACGAUGGUGAGGAGUAUGGAACAUAAGGGUUGGUGAAAGUUCCAUAUCCUGGAACAUCUUGCAUUGCCAAUUUAAAUAUAUAAAAGUAUGCAGAAUCAAAGUAAUGUGUGUCCUUUUUCAUGUAUAAGGGAAACAUAUUUGUUAAACCAACUAUUGAAGUAGUAGCUCCUAGAAACCUUGUUUCUCCAGAUUUUCCAAGUGGAAAAUUUUUAGUAUGUUUUAAGCUUAUAUUCAAUUACACUCCCAAGUCUUAGGAUCCAAGCAUAUACUUCCUUUUAUUUUUUGUUAAAGAAAAGGACUUGUUAUUUUUGUAAUGUCUGAGUCCUGUAAUCAAAUAAAGCAUCAGUUCAACGUAUCAGAGAAAUAGCAUGUUACCCAGCAGCUGAAAUAAUAAAAUUCAAGCUCUCUUUUUCUGAAUGGGCCAGAGACCUGCUGAGAAAGUCUCCAGGAAGUGCACUGAAUGAACUUUAUUUUUACUUCCUAUGUUAUAAGAAUGGUUUUGAAUAGAAGGUGAGUGAUGGUACAGAUUUGUAUAAUUUUAAAAUAUGAUUAAAUGGUAGUGGAGUGUUAUGAGUGAGGAGGUAUAAUUGAGUACUCACUCAUAAGCUCAUAAGAAAGUGAGUACUGAAUGGUUCUAUGAUUUAAGGUAGAGCAGCAGUUACAAUAAGUGUAUUUUACAAACAUGCACGAAAAUAGAGGUUUACCAGGAAAUAUGCACAUGCUAAAAGGUCAAUUAUUUUAUUUUAUAUUUUUGCUGGUUAUCCUGGCCAAGUCUCUUCAGAAUUCAUCCAAGUUACUAGAUGAAAGAAACUCAAAUCACCUCAUUAAUUUUUUUCCCUUAGUUACAACCAGAUGAAUUUAUGUAAUCUCUCAAUGAGUUAGAUCCCUAUUCCAGCCACUGAUGAAUAUGUUCUCCAGCAAAGGCAGCAUUAAAAGGAAUUACUUUUCAGUAUUUCUUUUCAUGUCAAUAAAACCUACAGAAUAAUUUUCCAAACAGUCCUCUCUCUAUUGCUAAAGAACUAAACUCUCUAAAAUAAUAAAGAUUUACCCUCCAGCACAUUCACUGGGUAAAGACCAUUUAAUUUGCCCUCUCAGGGAAUUUGAAAUAAAUUACUUCUCUUAGAUAUUCUUUAAAAACUUUUUAUUUAUUCAGCAAACUUUGGCAAAAAAGUUUCUUUGUUUGCUUAAAACAUUCUGGUACUAUAUAAGGAACAACAAACUAAAAUGUAGGUCGUGUUAUUUUGUAAUCUCAUCACUCUCCGUAAAGCUGUAUUCAAUAAGAGCUUAGUCAAUGACUAAAUAUGGACAGUUCUGAAAUAUUCUUGCUCUGAUGACUGGGGUGUUUGUUUUUUUCUCUACUUAGUUUUCAUGAUGAUUCACCUAGACAAAACACCAGCAAAUGACAAGUAAUUGAAAAAAAUGUUUCAACAGCUUGAAGACUAGUGAAAGAAAAAGGUAUAAAACAUCAUUAGAGACGUGCUUUGUAAACUCAAAGAAAAGCCCAACUCCGGUCUAGCUUAGCCCUGACUAUUUAGAAGUCAUAGGUUAAGUGUCGUUUCUCUUCCUGUUUCCACCCUGACCACAGCCAGCUUGUCACAGGUGCACCAUCAUUUGCAACAAAACAUUUUAGGAAAUAAAAUCUCCUUGUGUAGACCAGCCCUCACAGCCUUUCUCUUCCACCUUACUCCUCCAAAUGAGCAGGUAAAAUGUAACCAACAUCAGAUGCUCAACCUUUGAUCUAAUUUAGUACUUAAACAAUAACAUUCAGUUGAGGCCAUCAUAACUAGGAAAUUCUACAUGGCAGGAUUACUUUUCAUAAACUUCUCCAAGCCCUGUAAUCAUAUAAAUAGACUAGACUAGCCUCAAACACAAAACAACUGGUGCCACAUUCCCAGUUUUGAGCAUACCAGCCAGAUGCCCCAGAGUUUCUUUGUGUUUUAUUUAAACUCCAUCGUUACUCCAAGCUUCCCUAUAGAUGUGUACGCCCUCCCACGACAAUCUUGGGGAUAUCUCCACUCUCAGUUACAGUGGGAAACUAAGUAGGAUUUAUUUCUGCUAGUCCAGGUAUUGAUGUGAUCUACAUCAAUUCUACCCCUCUCUUUUUCUGGCAGGAAAGGGUGCCACACCCCUGCAACCAAACUCCAUGUGGACCGUGGCCCCAGCCUCUCAGCUGAAAUGGCUUUGCUCUCCUUUUUAAAGAAAUGAAGGAAAAUGGAAAAAGAGACCAAGAAAAGAGGAUAGGAGUGGAAGAGUUGUGUGGGCUUGUUCUUCAGAAGGAAAAAGGCAAGGUAUAAUAGGGGAUCUGAGUACAUGUCCCCUCAUGGGCUUCUGUGACCUGUUGUCUUGCUAUAGCCCAGUGGGUGCUGCUGGGUUGAGGUGGAGGCUCACAGCCAUCUGGUCUACUUAGAUGCAAGGGAGCUAAGAAAAAAGUCUUCAUGUCCAAAAGGAAAAGUAAAGUUUUCAUAUAGCAUUGUCUCUGCACAAUGAAUGGCUAGUCAUCUUCACACUUGGUUAUCAAAGCAGUAAGGAGCUUCCCAGCCAAACUGGGGAGAGCUUAGUCAAUGACUAAAUAUGGACAGUUCUGAAAUAUUCUUGCUCUGAUGACUGGGGUGUUUGUUUUUUUCUCUACUUAGUUUUCAUGAUGAUUCACCUAGACAAAACAACAGCAAAUGACAAGUAAUUGAAAAAAUGUUUCAACAGCUUGAAGACUAGUGAAAGAAAAAGGUAUAAAAACAUCAGUAGAGACUUGCUUUGUAAACUCAAAGAAAAACCCAACUCUGGUCUAGCAUAGCCCUGACUAUUUAGAAGUCAUAGGUUAAGUGUGGUUUGCUUUACUGCCUCCCCUCAGCCACACUGCUCUGUCUCUGAUCACACCACAACAAUGCUCUCCUUUCCUGGGUGAUAAGACGUGUACUCAGCUCCCCUAUUACACCUUGCCUUUUUCCUUCUGAAGAACAAGCUCAGACAACUCUUGUAGCCUUUUCUCAAUUCAGUGCCCUUACAGGUCAAGAGCAUGUAUUAAAUGUUUUCUGGAAGCCUUGA